ACCAAACAUCAUGUUAAUCACAUGAACUAAUUACUUGUUGAGAACGUGUCUAGUUGUCUUAGUUUUAAUACUACUAGUUUAAUUAUUUCAACACAUAGAAAGCAUCACAACAGAUUUCUUUUUUCGUUUUUUUUUUAUUAAUCUUUCACAAUCAAAUCCACACACGCGGUUAAGCCCAUGCCUUCACCUUAUAUAUAAAUAAGUACCCACUUCACUAGAGUUUUGUUCAUUCACUAUCUAUAACAAAAGUAUAUUCUCCCCCUUUUUUUUUGUAUCAUCUGAGAAAUAGAGUUAUAACAACUAUGGAAGAUUCAUCAUCAUUUCUUGAUCAAGGAGAAGUGGAGUUCAUCAAAUGCGAGUCGUGUGGAUUCACGGAGGAAUGCACGUCGGCUUACAUAUCGCGAAUUCGCGAAAGGUAUUGUGGAAUGUGGCUGUGCGGAUUGUGCAUUGAAGCCGUGAAAGAUGAAGCCUUGAGAUCAGAAAGGCGUAUUAGUACCAAAGAAGCUUUGAACAGGCACAUCAGUGUGUGCAAAAACUUUCAGUCUUCUACUAGUCCGCCGCCUUCGACUUCUUCUAAUCACCCCAUUUUGGCUAUGGGAAAGAUCAUCAGGAAAAGCUUGGAUUCACCGAGAAGUGGCAGAUCGUCGCCAAACAGCAGCCCGCUUCGCGAGCUGAAUCAAUCACCUCCGGCCAUGAUCCGCUCUUCCGGGAGUUGCUAUUCAAAUAGUACUUUUUGACAUUGUUGUUAGUUCUUUUUUAUUAGACUACUAGUUAAGUUUCCAAGUGUUCAUCUACAUUAUUAUACACCUUUUUGUCUAACCACAUAAAACUGCACAAGUGCAACUAUAUAUGAUGUUUUUGUAGAUAUAUAUCUAUUCGAGACUAUAAACGACUCGAAUCGAAUUCGAAUUAAUCAUGUGCUUAAAUUUAUUGUUUACAUCUCGAUCUCGUGAUUACAAUUCCUUUGUAUUGUGAUGCUUUUUUCUUGUUUGUGCACCAUAGAUUGCUUCCGGUAUCGGACAAUUUGUACAGUAACACUUUAGUGUAUAGGUUUUGGACCAUGGAGUGGGUAAGAAUAGAAGGAAACAAAUGUGGGCAAUGGAUUCAUUCAAGGAGCCUAAAUGUCAUUUUCCUACAUUAUUUUUUGUGUGGGAAUAAGAUGAUUCGUACACUUGUCCUAAUAAACUAAUAAAGUCUGAAAUUUCGCUAUCUGAUUUAUGUUACAUCUUACAAGAAAAAUGUGUUUUAAAACAUUAUCUUAAGAACUCUCAAGUAAGGUGAUAAAAACUGUGUUAUUACUUUGUGAUUAAGUUUGUUAAGAACUCUUUCUCUGUUUCACACUGAAAGAGGAAGGAUCUGAAUUAGGCCUUUUGCUUGCCUCCAUAAACAAAAUCCCACCUGUAUCUGUGUGCGUGGUUUUUUUAUAAAUUUUUUAUUUGUUUGGAAAAAAUUGUUUUGG